AUGAUUAUUGCAAAAGAUGACGCUCUUGAUUCAUUUCCAGAAUACAGGCUGGAAAACAAAGACCUCGGGCAGCUUAUCGGACUCGCGAGAGGGGACGAUGUAGUUCAAUUCCGUGGUAUCCCGUUUGCUACCAUUCCGGCGCGGUUUCGCCAGGCGCGUCUUCUGGAGUCACUACCACAACAGCCUUUUGAUGCCAGAAGAUCUGGACCGUAUUGUCCGCAACCGCCAUUGCCCUUCCCUUUCUACUGGGAAGGAUCAUUACCAGAAGAUUUCCCGUCAUUGCCGGAGCCCACACAGGACGAAUUCGGCUGUCUCAAUCUCAAUAUUACCGUUCCUCGAUCCAGCCUUGAGGACGACUCGGCAGGAAAACUUCCGGUUUUCUUCUUCAUCCACGGCGGAGCGUUCGUGGGUGGAAAACAGUCUACUCAACUUGCUGGACGCGAGAUCUACGAUGGGACGAAUCUUGUACGCGCAAGUGCAGCUCGAAACCAACCAAUUGUAGUGGUUUCUUGCAAUUACCGUCUGGGACCACUGGGAUUUCUUGCAUCUGAAGAACUUGCGGCUUUCAACAAAGAACACGGCGAGGCAGUCGGCAACUACGGAUUACACGAUCAGCGGCAGGCACUAGAAUGGUGCAACAAAUUUAUAUCCGGCUUCGGCGGUGACGCUGGAAACGUGACCAUCCAAGGUACAAGUGCCGGAGGAAGCUCAGCGCAUUAUUUGAGUAUCUUUCCGGCUCGAAAGUUCAAGAGAGCGAUUUUGGCGAGUGGGACGCUGACAGGCAUCGGCCCCAUGCCCAUGCCUUACCAACAGGAAAAGUAUGCCGCAUACGUGUCCAGACACUCUAAUGAAAACAGUAAGCCAGAAGGAAAUUCAGUAGCAUUAUUGCAAUCUAUACCCGUUGAAGAAUUUGUCAAACCUAUUUCAGCUGGCAUAUACCAUCCAUAUAUCGAUGGCGACUGGAUCCCAGGGGCGACCAUGCAGAGUAUUACCCAUCUUUACAAAGACGAAGCUGCACCAGAUCUUAUGAUAGGCGCUUGCGAUUUUGAGGUAGACGAUAUACCAUCAAUGAAACCCGCACCCGACAACCGGAUGCGUGCAACAAUCUAUGACCUUGCAUCAUCCAACGGCAUGAUUGUCUCUCCAGAAACAUUUCCAGACGCACAUCCCAGUGUCACGGAAGCGUACGACCUCACACCCUAUCUUAAGCAUCCUUCGUCUGGAAUGUACAAGUGGGCAGAAUUGUUGGCCGAUGUGGCAUUCAGGGUUCCGCCCCUGCAUAUCGCAGCCCACCACCCUGCCAACGUCCUACUCUAUGAGAUUCGCUGUAAAAAUCCAUAUGAAAAGUGGGCUUGGUCAUUCGGGCGUGCCAAUCACGCCGUGAACGACGUGUUUCUCUUUGAUGUGGCUUCAGAUCUGGUGUCCAAGGAACUGCAAGGUCCGCAUGCAGGCAACGUGGCGCAGAUUCGAGCUGCGUGGUUGGACUUUUGUUAUGGAAAACUACCAUGGUCACCGUAUCGGCACCAGGACAGUAGACUAGGUCCGGUGCAUGUUUUUGAGCAUGGAGAAAAUGGUAGAGAUGCUGAGAGUUUGGAAGAAGCUGUGGGUGAGACUAUGGCGGCACAGUGGAGAGCAGUUUUGAAAGCAAACGAGCGAUAG